UUAGUGAUGGUAAAGCUGCAGUUGUAACUGUAGUGGACCUGACUAGUUAAUCUUUACAAAUUUGCUAUUUCCAGCUGAAGCGGUGUUGGGGCUUUUCCUCCUGUGACUGUAUGAAACGCUUGGUAUUGAGCAGCUGCUAUAUCUCUUCUUGUUGGUGACUGGAUUUCAGCCCUGUCAGGACAGGCAUUCCCUCUUUAAGGGAAUGUGCUUAAGAAAUGUCUGGGAAAUAAAGUUGCUUCUGGAGCUCCAAAAUUUUAAAGUAGUUCAAUACUUUCUAUUGUAAGAACCCAGGGUUACUGGUUUCUGAGGUAUUCAACCAAUGUCUUAAGUUGCUUUUUGAUUACUUCUAAUUUUUCUGAGCUUGUGGACUGAAGUUCUUUUUUCCAGGUGCCUUCCUCAGGGCAAGCAUUUUUGGAAGGCAACAACAAAAAAAACCCAAACCAACAAAGUCAAUGAAACAAAUAAGUGAAUCUAAAGUUGUUGUGAUUGUGUAACACUGUUCUAAACAACCUCCCUCUUCCUUACUGUUAUUCAGCAGUUGCAGCUAAACUUCCCACCAGGCCUAUGGAGCCACGAGGUAUUGUCAAAGCCUUUCCCAAGAGGAAGAAGUUGAGAGAUGACUCACAGAAAAGCAUCCCUCCAAAGAUUUCAAAAGAGGAAGGAACAGAAACACCUGAGGCAGAGUGGCUGAAACCAGUCACCGCCUACGUGUUGCAAGCUGGCAUUGGCCAAGCCAGGGCGGAGAUCUUCCACAAGCAGAUCGUCCACAAUGGGGGUGUUGUACACAACCAGCUCUCCUCGGAAGUGACACACGUCAUUGUGGCUGAAGACAUGAACUGUGAUCGAGCCUUGCGUCUCCUUAAAUUAACCAAGCUACCGUCAGGGUUGCAGCUAGUGAAGGCAUCCUGGCUAAGUGCUUGCAUUAGAGACCAAAAGCUGCUGAGUACUGCCAGCUAUGGUGUCUUUAUGCCUCGCAGGCAUCUGAUCCAUGGCAGGUACCUGGAGGAAGGAGAACUGCAUAAAGAGCAGCAGCAGCAGAUCCUGGGCAGUGAAAAGACACAGCUUCCAGCAGAGGAGAGAACAGUGAAACCAAAUACUGAAGCACAGGUGGGGGAUUCCUUGAAGCGAGGCCUGGGCACCCUUGGACAGCAGCAACUGCCUGAGAGCAGCAUGCCUAUCUCCUGUCAUCUGUAUCAUGGGGUGGAAGGUGCAGAGUCUGAAUGUGAGAGCUCUGGCUAUGCAGAUCACAGGUCGACAAAAUACUCUGAUGAUGAAGACAGCGAAGGAGAAGAUGCUAGUGUCACCCAGGGAGAUCUGGAAGCAUUGAUUUCUGGCCGCUACCCUGUGAAAUCAUCAGAGGAAACCAGUGACAGCUCUUCUGCAAUGGCACAGCCUGCCAGCAAGUGGGUUUGUGCCCAGUCCUCCAACAGCAAGAAGGAGAAUCACAACCAGUGCAUCACAGAGAAGCUGGAAGUGCUGGCAAAGGCCUACUCUGUCCAAGGGGACAAGUGGAGAGCUCUGGGCUACUCCAAAGCCAUCAAUGCGCUCAAGAGCUACCACAAACCAGUCACCUCCUACCAGGAAGCCUGUAAAAUCCCUGGGAUUGGGAAGCGGAUGGCGGAGAAGAUUCUGGAGAUCUUGGAGAGUGGGCACCUACGCAAGCUGGAUCACAUCAGUGAGAGUGUGCCUGUGCUGGAGUUGUUUUCCAACAUCUGGGGAGCAGGGGUCAAGACAGCUCAGAUGUGGUAUCAGCAGGGUUUCCGGACGUUGGAUGAUAUCCGCACCAAGGCAACUCUCACCAGCCAGCAAGCUGUGGGGUUGAAGCACUACACGGAUUUCCUGGAGCGCAUGCCUCGGGAGGAAGCCGCGGAAAUAGAACAGACCGUCAGACAAGCUGCCCUGGCCCUGAAGCCUGGCCUUGUGUGUGUGGCAUGUGGCUCCUACCGUCGGGGGAAACCCACCUGUGGAGACGUGGAUGUACUGGUCACUCACCCAGAUGGGCAGUCUCACCGCGGGGUGUUCAGCAAGCUGCUUGACAGCCUUCACAGGAGCGGUUUCCUUACGGAUGACCUGGUGAGUCAGGAGGACAAUGGUGAUCAAAAGAAGUACCUGGGGGUGUGUCGCCUCCCCGGGCCAGCGCAGCGUCACCGCCGGCUUGACAUCAUCGUGGUGCCUUACAGUGAGUUUGCCUGUGCCCUGCUCUACUUCACCGGCUCGGCUCACUUCAACCGCUCCAUGCGGGCCCUGGCCAAGACCAAGGGCAUGAGCCUAUCAGAGCAUGCCCUCAGCUCGGCCGUGGUGAGAGGCCCUGGAGGCAUCAAGGUGGCAUCUGGUCAUACUCUGCCCACUCCCACUGAGAGAGAUGUCUUCAUUCAGCUGGGGCUGCCUUACCGGGAGCCCUCGGAACGGGACUGGUGACGCCUGGUUGUCACCCAGCACCCUGGGCCUGCUGCUGUGCUGCUGUUUUGAAGGGUGCUGGUUUUCCCUGUGCUGCUCUGUGGUGACUGCAGACUGAGAAACAUCCCAGAAAACUGGGGUUCCUUUUAAGCACAGGGCCCUGCUGCUGGUAGAACUGUGUGGCUUCACUCAGCAGAGGCUGUGGGCUGAAACCACACUGGAAGCGCUGUCUGAUGGCACAGGCAGCAUCUGGCUACCAAAAGGGCUUGCUGCCCAUCAGCUACCCUGGCCCUGCUCUCCCUGGGGAAGCUUCAGAAAUCUGGGCUGUGGAGCUUUGAGAUCCAGCCCUCCCAGUGCUUGGGAACAGGGGAAGUGGGAUGCAUCUUCCUCUGUCUGAGCACAGACACCCCAAAAUCUAUGUCCUGAGCUAUGUAUUGAAGGCUUGGCCCUGUAACAGGCUUUCCCCCUUUUCACUACUGCUGGCAGCUGCUACUGUGGGAAUCAUGAAGCAUCCUGCUGUGCUGCUGCUGUGUCCUUCCUCCAUCUGAGCUGACUUGUGUCCUCUGGUGGGUCUCAUUGCACAGGGCCGGGUUGCUGCAACAGCCGCCAGCUUCCCCUGGUGCCAGGGAAGCCUUGAAGGAGGCGCAGGGGACCUGAUGUGCUGUGCCAGCUUUCUCUCAGCCUGUUGUGUGCCAAGGAUCCUCCAGUGCAGAGAGCUGGAUGGCCCUGGCCUGGCCCCAAGGGUUCCUUUCCUCAGUGCAGGAGAGGAGUGGGCCUCACAGCUCUGGGAGCUGUGCUUGUGAAGGGUUUGAAUGUAACGGCACUGAAUGUAACCCAGCAGGGCUGUGUGCUUGUGCAUAGGAGGCACGGAGGUAGAGAAACAUGAAGAGAUAGUUCUAAUCUGGGAGAAGCAAAGCUUUCUGAUUUUGUCUGUGUGGAAGCCAUGGAGUCAUUUUGGUCUUUGAUCAGAGAAAGAGUGUGUGUGUUUGUGUAUGUGUGUACAUGUGGCUGGCCCUGUCAGUUCCAUGGGAGUGAAUUUUAUUUCUCAGGAAACCUCAACUAUUUUAUAUUCUGGAGAUGAAUUUCCCAGAGACUAUCAGUGCUCUGUCUCUGUUAUGGGUAUUGCAGCGGUUCCUCCUGGCAGAGGUGCUGCUCUGCGGCAUUGCCUGCCAGCAACGCCGUGCUGGGAGUUUCUGUGCCAGGACCCCGGGGCUGCCUCUGGCUGCUCUCUGAGCCUGGCUUGGCCUCCUGCUCCCUUGUCUUGUGCGGGACCCAGCCACCCCCUCUCUCCACUCUGCCGUGUCUUUGUCACACGUUUGCUGCUAGGGCGGGCAUGAGGACAUUAAACCUGUUGGGUUUGCACAGUUUCUUGCUGCAUUGUCAGCUGUGGCUGCUGGGUACCAGCAGUGGGGCUGGGGUGGUUGCUGGGGAGGCCUUGACCCCAGCAGUGUCAUUUGUCAGCCCAGCCUUUCUACUGAACACUUAUGGAAAUUAAUGUCUUCUGCCAUGUCUUGGUGCUUUGAAAUUUGAAGUAUAAUAAAUUAAUC